UCAAAAGAAAACACCGGGAUGACGCACCGCACAUAAACAAAAAAUAAUCUAAACAAGUUGUUUUAAUUUUAUUUUAAAGAAAGGGGAACGAAAUGGACUCAGACGAAGAAAAUGAAGAAUUCCAGUCCUGGAAAGGAGUUCCAGGUGUGGUGGUGCUGAUAAAUGCCUACAACCCUUUGAACACGGAAAGCCCUACGAUCAGUCAUGUCGCGACUUGUCAGAUGAUGAGGCAGCAUUUACGGCUCGCCAGUAACCAUUACAUUGGGGUUUGUCUCUAUGGGACAGCUGACUCUGAGACGGCCAGCUUCGGCCUAGAAAAUGUUACUGAGAUUUGUCCUUUAAAUUUGCCCAACUUGGAUGAUUAUAAAAAACUUCAGAGCAUUAAUGUUUCUUCAUACGGCCAAGCAAAAGAAUUAAAGUUGUCAGAUGCGCUGUGGCAUUGUAGCAAAAUGUUUACCAACUGCAAAAAACUAUUACUGUCACGCACUAUACUAAUGCUAACUAGAUUGGAUUCACCACCAGUUGAGUCAGACCACAGGGCCACUUAUAUAAGGGUGUCAGACCUAGUGGAGUCGAAUAUUGAAAUCAAAAUAAUAAAUGUUGCCACUGAAGAUGUGGCUUCAGAUAACUUUUAUAAGAACUUUAUUUCUGAAGCAAACAGUGGAAAAGAAGUGGCAGUGCCCAAACCUAUUUCAGAUUGUAAGGAGAUCGAAAACAUGAUGUUUCGGCAAUCCUGUAGACACUUGACACUUGCUCGUUUGAGUUUUGAAAUUGGAAAUGGAGUAGCAAUUGGAGUUGGUGUAUACAGUUUAUUAAAGAGUACUGGUUACGUUAAAAAUGUAAACUUGGAUAGAGAUACUAAUGCUAUUCUAACAAGUGCUACAAAAACAGUGAAAGUAUUCAAAGAAGAGAAAAAUUCAAAUGGUGCACCAAUGGACGUUGAUGAUGCUGAAAGUGAGCCAAAACAGCUUCCUGUGUUGAGAUCAGAGUUGAUACACUAUCAAGAAUAUGGAGGGGAUAGGAUUGAGAUUUCAGACAAGGAAAAGAAAAUGUUGAGCAAUCCAUUUGGUCCACCCAUGAUGAAAUUACUUGGUUUCAAACCAAUUGGAGUUAUUUGUAAGGAGAAGUGGUUUUUGAAAGCUGGUUACUUUUUAUAUCCCAAUGAGGGGAUCAUUGAAGGGUCCACUGUAGCAUUUAGGGCCUUGCACCAAGCCUGUUUGGAAAUGAAAGUCGUUGCUAUCUGUGUCUUAUGUACCAGAGUAAACUCCAGGCCAAAUAUUGUUGCUCUUUCACCAUGCAGUCGCCCUCUAGGGUUGAAUGCAGAGAUUGGAUUUGAUGUCAUCAAAAUACCUUUCAUCGAGAGUGUAAGACAAAUUCCUGUUGAGGACGAUGAAGACAAUAUUGACAUUUCAGAAGCACACAGAAGAACUAUGAAAGACAUUGUGAACACUUUGAAAUUUGAUUACAAACCAGAAAUGUUUGAAAAUCCAAAACUUCAGUCUCAGUAUAGAGCUGUAGAAGCAAUAGCUUUAGCUGAAGAAGAUAGUGAACCUUUUGUGGACACAACCAAACCUGAUCCAGCAAAAUUUCAAGGACUUGAUGAAGAAUUGUUUGAGGAAAUAUUUGGUCCAUUUGGAGCAGUCGCUAAAAGGCCUGCAGCAAGAGAAACUACUGUAGGUAGUAAAAAAGCAAAAUUUGAUGGGGAAAUUGAUGAAGGUUUGUUGCAAAAUCGAGUCAGUGAUAAGAAAGUUAAUUUGUAUACUGUUGAACAGUUGAAGAACAUUUUACGAUGGAAGAACAAUCCAAACCUGCCAGCUUUAACUGGCUUGAAGAAGAAUGACUUGGUCAAUUUAGUCUAUGAGUAUUGUUCAUAAGUUAUUGUUUUGCAUGUCAUCAAAGAGUGGCUAUUUUUGUAUUAAAUAAAUCAAAAGUUUACCACAA